CGAUCAAUGGCUCAAGACGGAAACGAGUCAAGCUCGUUCCAUUCAGCUCGAUCGAGAGAUCGCUCUGCCAGCGGAACUUGCUCAGUUGAAAUGCGAACUUGGCGAGCUCAAGACACGACCGUCGCCCAAAGAUACAAAAAAUCUCUCAAUAUAUUGUGGUAAAAUAAUAACCCACGUACGCGACACCGGGCCUAAUCAAAUUAACACCCACGCACAUGAGAGACUUUUGUGUGCCGUGAUUUGCAUAAUUGACGCUAAUCGGCGGCGUCUCGUGCUCGGCUAAAAAGUAAACCCGGGCUCCAAAAAAAUAGACACCGCCAUAUGUUGUGACAGUGCUUUUUGUGUGGUGGAACAAUUGUGCAAGUGACAAACGCCAAACAAAGAAGUUUCGGGCACAGAUUUAGUACUAUUUUUGGACCCAACACAUCAUGAUCACCAUGAACGAGCUGGUGGAUCUGCGGAUGCAGCAGCACAUAGCGCACGAGAUCUAUCGCCAGCAGAUCAUGCAGCGCAUACCAGAUCCGUUUCCGCCGAUGCUGCCAAUUCCGAUGCCUCGGCACGUGAUCAUGCCACCUCGAGUCACCUUGCUCGGCGUGGAGAUGACCCUGCAGAACGACGAUCUAUGGAAGCAGUUCCAUCAAAUUGGCACGGAAAUGAUCAUCACCAAGAGUGGCAGACGCAUGUUCCCCUCGAUGCGACUGAGUGUUUCCGGUUUGGAGGACGAGAGCAACUACUGCGUGCUCCUCGAAAUGGUGCCCAUUGGCGACUGCCGCUACAAGUUCUCCGGCUCCCAGUGGGUGCCAGCUGGAGGAGCCGAGCCGCAGAGUCCCCAGCGGAUGUACCUGCAUCCGGACAGUCCGGCCACCGGUGCCCAUUGGCAGGCGCAGCCCAUACUGUUCAACAAGGUCAAGUUGACCAAUAACACGCUGGACAACAGCGGCCAUAUUGUCCUGGCCAGCAUGCACAAGUAUCAGCCGCGUCUGCACGUCAUACGCACCGCUGAUCUGGCGCAGAUUCCCUGGGCCCCCCAACAGGCCUUUGUGUUCGCCGAGACGGAGUUUGUGGCCGUGACAGCCUACCAGAACGAUCGCAUCACCAAGCUGAAGAUCGACAACAAUCCGUUUGCCAAGGGCUUCCGCGAAACGGGACAAUCGCGCUGCAAACGCAAGAUGUCUUCAUCGCCAACGGGCGAGGAUCAAGAUCAGUCGCCGUCACUAUCCCAUUCUCAGUCCCAAUCCGAGUCUGACAUGUCGCCAACGAAAGGAGGCGGUGAGACAGCCGGAGGAACAUCGUCGAUCGGCGAUUCGGAUGGUCCGCAAAUCAAGCGCCUGAGAUCAAAUGGCUCCGCCUGCUCCUUAUCAUCAUCGCUGGACGAUCAGUCGGUGCCUGGCGCCAGUUCUCUGGCCCUGGGCUCCCCACCGCCCCAUCUCCAUUCGCAUCCGCAUCCCCUCCAGGCGAGGAGUGCCUCCAGCGUUUUCAUGCAGCACUUUCAGCAGAAUAUGCAGAGCCUGCUGAGGCCAUCGCUAGUGGAUUUGGCAUGUACCUACUUUGGGAGACCCCAUGAGUAUGGAGGAGCGAUUCAGGCCUCACCUCUCUAUCCACCAGCAGCCAUGCUACAUGCGGGUCUGGGCCCGCAUCCUGGCCUGAACCUUCCACCAGGCGUUUCCGGUGCGGAUCUCAUUUCCGAUGAGUCGGGAGCCGACGAACUCGAACUGGAUGUGGGCAGUGAAACGAGCACAUUGGAGCAGUCUACGCAGGAACAGCCACCGGAACAACCAUCUACAAGGAGCAAGGGCUUCAGCAUAUCGGCCAUUUUGGGGGGAGGAAGUUAGAGAUAUUAAAGUUUUAAAACGGGGAAUACAUAUAGUUUAAUUGCCUAUAGAUUAAGUUCUCAAAAACAUUAUAUAUACUCAUUUUGAUAUUAUACAGAUUCUAGCCUGAUUAGUACUUAAGUUCCGCUUAACGUUAAGCCAUUAAAGUUAGCCUAAAAUAUAAGAGAA